AUGGGCGACCCGGAAGACUGUGGACCAAUCAUAUCAGUCGUUUGUGCGGAAUUGUGUGUCACCUAUCCCAACCUCUUCGAACAAACGUCUCGUCGCGUGCCCGUCGCCUUCGCUCCGCCCGUCGCCUUCACUUCUCCCCCGUCGCCUUCACUUCUCCCCCGUCGCCUUCACUCCCCCCCCUCUUCCGUUGCCUUCAUUUCCCCCUCCCGUCGCCUUCACUUCCCCCUCCCGUCGCCUUCACUUCCCCCUCCCGUCGCCUUCAAUUCCCCCUCCCGUCGCCUUCAUUUCCCCCUCCCGUCGCCUUCACUUCCCCCUCUCGUCACCUUCACUUCCCCCUCCCGUCGCCUUCACUUCCCCCUCCCGUCACACUCGCUUCCCCACCCGUCACCUUCACUUCCCCUCCCAUUGCCUUUCACUCUCUCCUGCUCAAUCUCUUUCCCCCUGCUCACACCCCACGCGAUGGGAAGGGAUGAGAGGGUGGGCGGCAUGGGUAGAGAAGCGAUGGUGAAUAGGGGGGAACGUGAUGGGCAGGGGAGUGAUGACGACGUGGAGAGAGGAGGAGAGAAGGGAGGUCGGCGGGAAGGCUAA